CUAUGAGCUGGCAAUUGGCCAGCUGCAGUCGAUGAAAUUUUAUGAAAAUUGCGCUUUUCCAUCGAUGCACUUGGGCGACUGCAUCGGACAAUGUUGUCUAAUGGGGGGACGAUCGGAAAAUUCCUUUAUAAACCCUGCCCAAUGGCAGCGAGUGCAAAUUUGCUGAAUGAUGCCCAGUUGCUUGAUACUUUGUGCCAUAAUGGUGGCUUUGGUGGGCGCAGCCCCCCAAGGCCCCCCCCGUGAACCGGUGGCGAUUCUCAGUCAAACCAACGACAUUUCCCCUGAAGGAAACUACGAAUGGAGCUUUGAAGCAGCCAAUGGCAUCAAGGCGGAGGAAAAGGGCUCGCUGAAGAAAACCAACGACCCAGAAAACCCUGAGGCAGUGGUGGCGGCUGGGGCCUUCUCCUACACUGAUCCAGAAGGAAACCAGAUCUCUUUAACCUACACUGCUGAUGAUGAAGGAGGUUUCCGGCCUGUGGGCAACCAUCUGCCCACCUCCCCGCCCAUCCCGCCAAACAUCCAAAAAGCCCUGGAGUGGAUUGCCGCCCAACCAUCAACCACCGAACGUUCGGGGCGUGGCCGGAAGUGAACCAUCUGUGAUAGUGUUUAUUAUUGUAUAUUAUUUAUGUGACAUUUUCAUAUAUUUUGCAAGCUGA